UUGGGUUUUUGUUGAAGCCGAAGCUCAUCAUCGUUUUGUUUACACCAAAAUACGACACGCUCCUCUGGCGGUACUUGAAUCACUCACUGGCGCCGUAAUUAACCCUCUCAACCACCGAAUGUAACCCCCAAAUUUUGUUCAUCCAUUCUUCAACUCCCUCUUCUUUUCAUUCUCUCAUCGCUCAACAAACAUUACUCUAUCUCUAUAUCAAUCAUCUUCUUCAAUUUCUCUGUUCAUUGUGAUCUUCCGCAACCAUCGAACGUCAAAAAUGGCCAAUGCAGCAUCAGGAAUGGCUGUGAACGAUGAAUGCAAGUUAAAAUUCUUGGAGCUCAAGUCAAAAAGAACUCAUCGUUUCAUCGUCUUUAAGAUCGAGGAGAAGCUAAAGCAAGUAGUCGUGGAGAAACUUGGCGGUCCUAGCCAAAGUUACGAGGAUUUCGCUGCUAGUCUCCCUGCUGACGAGUGUCGUUAUGCUGUUUAUGAUUUCGACUUUGUCACAGAAGAAAAUUGCCAAAAAAGCAGGAUUUUCUUCAUUGCAUGGUCUCCUGAUAAUUCAAGGGUCAGAAGCAAGAUGAUAUAUGCAAGCUCCAAGGAAAGGUUCAAGAGAGAGCUCGAUGGAAUACAAGUAGAACUCCAAGCAACUGAUCCAACCGAGAUGGGUCUCGACGUUAUUCGAAGCCGUGCCAACUGAAUACGAAACGUAAGCCUGCUAAAACUAAUCGAAAUGCUUAAAGUUUGCGAGUCAUGGAAAUCUUCUGUUCUACUUGAACAAGUAUGCAUCUGUGUGUCGUCUACCGUGUCGACACGGUAUUCCUUUUAACGUGUCUUGAGUGAUCGUCUAGAGAGUUCGAUACCUAUAAAGCUAGUAUAUAUGGAGUCUGAGGUAUUAUCUAAAGACCAUAUGCUAAUUUCUACUUGUUUUUUU